AUGAACCGAUACGUGACACUCAGUCAAUUAGGUGAUGGCACCUAUGGUUCCGUACUAUUAGCCCAACGAUUGGAUAACGGAGACAAAGUGGCCAUUAAAAAAAUGAAGAAAAAAUACUAUUCAUGGGAAGAAUGUAUGAAUUUGAGAGAAGUAAAGUCGCUACAAAAGUUAAGUCACGCAAACCUUAUAAAACUAAAGGAAGUUAUUCGUGAAGACAAUACAUUAUAUUUUGUUUUUGAAUAUAUGAAAGAAAAUCUCUAUCAAUUGAUUAAAGACAGGGAAAAACCGUUUGCAGAACCAAUUAUUAGGAAUAUUCUUUACCAGAUAUUACAAGGGCUGGCGUUUAUGCAUAAACAUGGAUUCUUUCACAGAGAUAUUAAACCGGAAAAUUUAUUGUGUAUGGGUCCCGAUCUGAUUAAAAUUGCUGAUUUUGGUUUGGCCAGAGAAAUUAGAUCCCGACCUCCGUAUACUGAUUAUGUAUCGACGCGAUGGUAUAGGGCUCCAGAAGUAUUACUACGUUCAACAAAUUAUAACUCUCCUAUUGAUAUUUGGGCAGUUGGUUGCAUUAUGGCUGAAUUAUAUACAUUGCAACCACUUUUUCCCGGCAGGAGUGAAAUCGAUCAGAUAUUUAGAUGUUGUUCAGUAUUGGGAACACCCGAUAAGCGCGAUUGGCCCGAAGGAUAUCAAUUAGCAAAUGCAAUGAAUUUCCGAUUUCCUCAGUUCAGUCCAAUGCCUUUGGACUCAAUUGUGGCCAACAGUCAUACCGACGGUAUUGUACUCUUAGAAGAUAUGCUCCGUUGGAAUCCAUCGAGACGUCCGACAGCUGUUCAGUCAUUAAAAUAUAACUAUUUUAAAGUCAAUCAAAAGCUCGGUCCCCAACACAUCAAUAAUUUAGUUACAAAAACUCCUUAUAAUCAAAACACAAAUUCAAAUAGUUUUUCUGAUAAAAAUGGUUUACAAAUGACUGAAUUUGAACACAAUUUGAAUUCAAAGUUAUUUAAUUACGAUUCCAGUGAAUCUCCAAAUGUUGAUAACAAUAGUAUUCAACAAUUACAACAACAAAUUGGAUCCAUUUCUUCGAGAAAUAAUAGUAGUAAUAAUUCAGUGCUUAAAUCAAGUUUGUCAGUCAAAGAGCAAUAUUUGCAAAGAUCUCGAUAUAUUGCGGGACAGACAGUCAAAAAUGCUUCCUAUCGUAACUCAGCAAUGUAUGGUAAUGGAUACAUUGGGAAUGGCAAUCGAAGACAAUCAUUGAUAUCAAUGACAUCUCAUACGGUACCUGCAAAUGGUGGGCCCCUAAUAGCAGCCAACAUAACUGGAAAGACCGAUUGGACGGCCAAAUACCUGCAAUGAAUUUCACUGAAUUUUACUAAUGAAUUCAAUUUAAUUAAACUAAAUGACUCCUACA